AUGCCACCCGAAGGAAGCACGAGGGCUGGGAUACUGUCAGGUUGCCCAAGCCUAGACAGGGGAAGUCGAGAGGCGGAGGCCGGAUUCGAACUACGGACCUUCCGGCCAGUAAAUUCGCGCACCAACCACUUGGGCCACCUCGCCCCCGCUACUGAGGAUAAGCUUUCCAGAGAGGGGAAACUAGAGCAGUGGUCGAAACUGCGCUGGUCACUGCCGUCUUCCUGGAUGGGGACCCCGAGACGGGCCAUAUCAAUGGCUAGAGACAUUAUCAGACAUGGCCCAGUCGCGCCCUCAAUGGCGCACCUCCUUUUGCAACCCCAACCCCCACUUGACAGCCCACUGACAGUGCUGGAUUUAUGCACCAAUUUACUAGCUCGCGCAUGCAAUGCGCAGCUACCUACCCCCCCCCCUAAAUCAUUGGUGAGCGAAACUGCAGCAGCCACACCCAAUGUACGACGAGUACGCGGCCGAUCCAUAAAGCAGUAUGGAUCGCACCGGCCUGUCUACUUAACCACCUUCAAUGUUCGCACGCUGAAGCGAGCGGCUCAACAGGUGGCUCUUGCGCGUGCGCUGGAUUCCCUCUGUAUUGAUGUAUGUUGUCUGUCAGAAACAAGGACUCAGGUUACAAGUACUGUGAUCGAACUGACUGUCCGCUCGCUCUCUCAGGUUCCGGCUGCGGACCUCUGGUGA